GGUGAAAACCAGCUACUCCUUCUCCCUUGUUUCAUUACUGUCUUUUAAUUUGAUGUUUAUUAUUUUUCUUCUCUCUUUUGACUUAGGUUAUUUUGAUAAUUACCAUUAUUAUCAUAAUUCAUUUGUUUUGUUUUAUCAUGAUUAGGUAAAGCUGUUACCUUUCCUCUCUACAUAUAGUUACUCAAUUGAUGUUAAACAAACCAAACCUUAAUUAACUUUAAGUUUCCUUUGUUCAUCCUUUGUGUAUUUGAUUGUAGAACCCCCUCGGUGAUUGGACAGUCAUCUCAGGUUUCCAGUGAGCAAGGCUGCCCGACCGGUGUUACCGAUACUGGCUGCGAGUGAAACUCGGUCCCUCUUGUCUCAAGAGACAUCAGCAAUUUUGGCACUCCAAAGGUUGUGCUAAAAGUCACAAGCCGUGCUGUCCUGCGACACGCCAGAGUAACGGAGGACCGGGGACACUGCGGUUCAGUGUUUGGGGAGCACCGGGGAGGUUGACCAAGCCACUGGUUCCCACCUGAAUGACUUCAAUUCAACCAGAGACAGUAACCUGGGAGCCACCAACGAAGUUAAAUAGUAGAGCGACCACCAGCAGCCGGUGUCAUCACACGACCCGCUAGGCUACUGCCUGUCAAAUCUCCAUUUCAGGUCCUUCGUUGACCCAAGUUAAUUGGCUACUUAACUGUCUGACUGUUUGCAUCAGUCAGCCCCAAAAUUCUCAUAAACGGCACAGCCCGUAUGAAUAUAGCUCGUUAAACGUAGAACGAACUUGCAUUGGUCUUUUUGUGUGUGUGUGCUGUGCUUCUCUCACCGACAGAGAAUCAGGAUGUUCCAGGCAUCCAGUCCAGCAGUCCACGGGGGCCACCUCUCGACAUGGUUGAAAGCAGUGACGACCCCCUUCCUGCCCAAGGAUGCCAUUAACCUGCAGCACCCAGAGCAACUAGACACCGAGCUAGAUGAACUGAUGGCACGCGAUCCAAACCAAAGCGACUACUACAGAGAACUCGCCAGGAUCUUCGGAAGCCUAGUUCCCAUUCUCGUCGCCCAGGCACCGCUCAGUGAACGGAGCAACAUCGCGGAGGAGGCCUGGAAGGACCAGGCCCCAACCCAGAGUCAUCUUGAUCAGCUUCUCCUCGAGACCCAGAACCAGCGCGAGAAAGAGGACGACACAGAUCCAGAGCUACAGAAAGGAGUUGAAAGACUUCACAAUGCCCUGCAAGAUCUUCGCCUCGACACAGAUCAAAGAGAACAUCUGGAGAGAGAAGCCAGAAAAGAACUCAACAAAAAACUCCAGCAAGGCGACGCUCUCCUAAAAAGAGCAGAGACUGAACUAAAAAAAAAAAAGACUAUAAAACCUGGGCCUGCAAAACACACUUGCAAGCGGCCCAAGCUAAAUUCAACAAGCUUACUCUGCAGAGAGACAAGCUCCAAGAUGAACUUUACACUGUUCACACAGAACUGAGACAAUUUCACAGAUUACAGAGUGGCUGGAUCGGAGAAACGCACACCACAAAAUUUCUCCCGGGCCGCCACUCCAACCCUUUCAGCCAAGAACCCAGAGCUGGAAAAGGGGGUGUAACAAGAACCAGCUUACAAGAACAUCUGUCAACAACGGAGGGAAGAGAACCCUUCCAGAGAACGCAUGUCACCAAACCCUGCACUGCUCACAGAGAACUUCACAAGCUAGCCAGAAGCAUCUCUACAUUCAUUCCAGAUCCUGCAGGAGGACAUGAUGUUCAUGCUUCUUUACAAGCCAUUGACUUUCAUUUGCAAACUGUCGCCAACGUGACAGAUGUGAACACAUUGUACCUGUUAAAAAUCACGGCCAGCCGUGAUGUGCAUUGCUUUCUGGAUCGUCAACCAGAGACUGUCAAAGCGUACUACCAGCAACUGCUACAGACUUUGAUUCUUGAAUUCUCUGAUCCAAACUCAGAUCAUGGGCUCCUUAUUGCUAUGGACCUCAAACAGGGCCGAUUUGAAAACCCACAGACUUUCUGUAGUCAGCUACGAAACACCUACUUCGGAGCAUCCAAC